GUUCAGAGGAUGAACUCUUGUCAGAGCCAUGCGGUAUGCCCCAGUCAGCCAUCUGGUCUUUCGAACCUAGCUCAAAGAAACUCUUCGCAAGAUACGUCAACUCAGACGGCCGGUCGGUGCCGACCAAAUUUGUGACUGGUGGGGGGUGCCAACACUUCAUCUGUCUCGUGGCCGACGUGCACGCGUUCCAGGAUGUUUUUGGUGAAGAAGCAUCAGAGGUGGAUCUCAUGGCCACAGCCCUUGGAAAGCUCACAGAGUGAAGAAGUGAUUUUUCCGUGAGGAUAGGGGACGAUCUUGAUCGCGACCUAGGAUUGAGUGAUUACUAGAUAUGAUAGAUCACAAAAGUACAAUUCAAUGCAAGCAAUAAAUACC